AUGGAUUCCAUAGACAGCGUAAACCUUUCGGCCCCGCGUCCUCGACCACCAUCGGUGCGAGUGAGGCUGAACCAGCCGUCUUACACGGCCGGCGAAGGCGUCAUUCUUACAGUGCACAUUGAGAACCGAUCCGCGCAUUACGCGGGUGGUCGCCAGAGAGAUUACAGUCAGCAGCAGCAGCAGCAGCAGCAGUAUCAGCGCGGAGACUAUGGCGCUGACGGAUCGGUUCAGCUGGAGAGCCUGAGCGUUGAAGUGAAGGGUGUCAUUCGAUCCGCGUCGGCGCCACGUGCGGAUACAACAUGGUCUUGCGCCGGCGACCAGCCGUGCCUCGUGGCUCGUCCACUCCGCCUCGCCAUCCACGCGCCGCUUGAUCCGGGCUCCUCCAAGUGCUAUACCAUCGAGAUACCUUUGCCGAGUAAUGCGCUUCCAUCGGGGCGCAUGGCUGGAAACGACUCGUUCGCGCUCCCCCUCUCGCUCCCCCUCGACGACGACGCGACCGACCUCUCCGCGCAUGAACCCGCUUCCGCCACCGUGCUCUACCUCGUGUCUGUUUCCGCCGACUGGUGCGGGAUCUCCGUCCCCUGCUCCCCCUCCGUCACCUCCGCCGCCGCCGCCGCCGCCGCCGCCCGCCCCGUGGAGCUCUUGGCGUGGUUCAAGGUGAAAGCCGCCGCUGGUAUUAGCCACGGCCCAGCAAACGCGGCGUUCAACCCAGCCUGCCCGCCCUGCGCGCGCCUGUCCGCGCACGAGAGUCCAUCCGGCGGCCCCUCCGCCGCGCUUGCGCCCUCGCUCUCCGCCGCCACCGCACUGGCCUCCCCGAGCUACCAAUCCCCGUUCCGCCUUCCGCACCUCACCACGCCUAUCGCCUCCGCCUUCCCCGGGGGCUCCUCCCUUCCGCCCACGCCCACGGCCACAACCCCCUCCCCCGCCUCCACCCCCCUCCAAUCCCGCCGGCUGCUCCCCCACCUGUCCGCGCCGCGUGAGGGCUCUCACGCGCCGUCCCGCGCGCCGCCUUGCCCUGAUGAUGUGGAGGCCGUGAGCGUCGCCACUGUGCUGCCGUGUGACGUCAGCAGCAGCAGCAGAUUCGGCGCAUGGGGAUGGGCGCAGGGGCAAGCGGUUGCAGGAGUGGGCGCGCGCGGUAUGCGGAGGAGUUGCAGUGACGACGAUGGUAUGCGCGGGCAUGGGCGUGGUGGCAAAGGGGGACCCAUGUGGGGAAGCGGAGGGAGCGCGGAAGUGGCGGAGGGGGGGGAGGCGGAAGGGGAAAACACCUACAGCAGCAGCAGUGGUAGCAGUGCAGGAUGGGGUACGGAGGAGGGUAGUGAGGAAGCGAACUAUGGGAAUAGUCGCAGAACCAUGUCUCUGCCGGCGUCAAGGAGGCUCCCUUCCGUUCCAGUAGAAGGCCUAUUGGCCCCGGAGCACGAGCAGGAGUUCCCUCGGCAGCUGCUGCUGCAGCCCCAGCACAUCGGAACUCUGCCACCCCUUGCGCCCCACUCCCCCCGUGCUCCCCACACCCACCACGCCGACAAUGCCAAUUUUGGCAACCACACCCACCAUGGCCUCUACCCUGUCUGUCGCGGUCCAGACUGCCAGCACACUUCUUGCGAUGCAAUGCCGAUCGGCUCCCCUGCAGACUGCCUCAACUGGAAAGAGGUGGAGGCGUUCUGUCGCAACAUGGACAGCGCACGCGUGCGCAUAGAGUCUAUUGACAUCCAGCACGAGUCACGGAACAAGAAUCCCGCACCGCAUGGCGUGCGAAGCGCAGCCAAGGCAGGCUUUCGAACCAAGGCCAUGCACGGAGAGGAUGGGGACGGGGAGGGCGGCGAGGCGGAGGAGGGACAAGGGGAGCAGGAGCAGGAAAAUGGGAAGCGGAGGGAGAGGGAGGAGGUGGCGGGGAUGGAGGCGUGCAGCCGAGUGCUGUUUGCAGUGAAGUUCCAAGGCAUGUCGCUGUGGCAUUACCCUGCCACUGACAGCGUGAAGCCAUUGUUCCGCAUGGCUUCUUGA